AUGUCCUUCCUGAAUCCUCCAACAUCAAGUCCCCCUCUGAAUCCUUCAAGUCCUCCAUAUAAUCUUCCAGAGUCCCCUGAUCCUCAAGGUCCCGCCGAUUCCUCCUUCCAAGUCCCCCUCGAAAUUCCUUCAAGUCCUUGGAAUCCUCCAAUUCCCCGCAUCCUCCAAGUCCCCGAAAUCGUCCCUCCAAGUCCUCUGAAUCCUUCAAAACCCCCGAAUCCUCCAAGUCUUCCGAAUCCUCCCUCCAAGUACUCUGAAUCUUCAAGUCCCCGAUCCUCCAAGUCCUCAGAAUCCUUCAAGUUUUCUGGAAUCAUCAGUCCCCUGAAUCCACUAAGUCCUCCAAAUCCUCCAAGUCCCCCGAAUCGUCACUCCAAGUCCUCUGGGUCUUCAAGUCCCCCGAAUCCCUCCCAGUCCUCCGAACUCCUCCAGUCUCUUGAAUCCUACAAGUAUCUGAUCCUCCAAUCUCCGAAAUCCUCCAAGUCCCCCGAAAAAAACUUCCCUCCCCCUCCAAGUCCUCCGAAUCCUUCAAGUCAUCUGAAUCUUCAGAGUCCUCCGAAUCCUCCCUCGAAGUCCUCUGAAUCUUUCAAGUUUUCUGAAUCUUUCAAGUCCUCCAAAUCUUCAGAAUCCCCUGAAUACUCUAAGUCCUCCAAAUCCUCCAAUCCUCCGAAUCCUUCAAGUCCUCUGAAUCUUCAGAGUCCCCUGAAUACUCCACGUCCUCCGAAUCCUCCAAAUCCCCUGAAUCCUCCCUCCAAGUCCUCCGAAUCCUUCAAGUCCUCUGAAUCUUCAAGUCCUUCUGAAUCUUUAGACCUCCCUAAUCCUUUCAAGUCCUCUCUAAAUCCUCCAAAGUCCUCCGAAUCCUCCAAGUCCUCUGAAUCUUCAGAGUCCCCUGAAUACUCCACGUCCUCCGAAUCCUCCAAGUCCUCGAAUACUCCAAGUCCCCUGAAUCCUCCAAAGUCCCCUGAAUCCUCUAAGUCCUCUGAUUCCUUCAAUUCCCCCAAAUCCUCCAAGUCCCCCGGAUCCUUCCUCCAAGUCCUCCGAAUCCUCCAAGUUCCCCAAAUCCUCCAAGUCCUCAGAAUCCUCCAAGUCCCCCGAAUCAUCCCUCCAAGUCCUCCGAAUCCUUCAAGAUCCCCAAAUCCUCCAAGACCUCCGAAUCCUCCAAGUCCUCCGAAUCCUUCAAGAUCCCCAAAUCCUCCAAGACCUCCGAAUCCUCCCUCCAAGUCCUCCGAAUCCUCCAAGUCACCCGAAUCCUCUAAGUCCUCCGAAUGCUCCAAGUCCUCUGAAUCGUCCAAGUCCCCGAAUCCUCCCUUAAAGUCCUCUGAAUCUUCAGAGUCCCCUGAAUCCUCCGUGUCCUCCAAAUCCUCCAAGUCCUCGAAUCCUCCAAGUCCCCUGAAUCCUCCAAGUCCCCCCAAUCCUCCCUCCAAGUCCUCUGAAUCUUCAGAGUCUCCUGAAUCCUCCAAGUCCUCCAAAUUCUCCAAGUCCCCUGAAUCCUCCAAGUCCUCCAAAUCCUCCAAGUCCCCUGAAUCCUCCAAUCCUCCGAAUCCUUCAAGUCCUCUGAAUCUUCAGAGUCCCCUGAAUCCUCUAAGUCCUCUGAUUCCUUUAAUUCCCCCAAAUCCUCCAAGUCCCCCGGAUCCUUCCUCCAAGUCCUCCGAUCCUCCAAGUUCUCGAAUCCUCCAAUUCCUAGAAUCCUCCAAGUCCCCCCCAAAUCAUCCUCCAGUCCUCCGAAUCUCCAGUCCCCAAAUCCUCCAAACCUCCGAAUCCUCCAGUCCCGGAAUCCGUCCCUUCCCAAUAAAGUCCUCCGAAUCCUUCAAGAUCCCCAAAUCCUCCAAGACGCCUCCGAAUCCUCCCUCCAAGUCCCCCUUCCCGAAUCCUCCAAGUCCCCGCCGACCUUUAAGUCCUUCCGAAUGCUCCAAGUCCUCCGAAUCAUCCAAGUCCCCGAAUCCUCCCUUAAAGUCCUCUGAAUCUUCAGAGUCCCCUGAAUCCUCCGUGUCCUCCAAAUCCUCCAAGUCCUCGAAUCCUCCAAGUCCCCUGAAUCCUCCAAGUCCCCCCAAUCCUCCCUCCAAGUCCUCUGAAUCUUCAGAGUCCCCUGAAUCCUCCAAGUCCUCCAAAUUCUCCAAUCCCCCGAAUCCUCCAAUCUCCCAAAUCCUCCCUCCAAAUCCCCUUAAAUCUUCCAAAGUCCCCUUGAUCUCCAAGUCCUCCGAAUCCUCCAAAUCCCUUGAAUCCUACAAGUCCUCUGAAUCCUCCAAGUCCCCCAAAUCCUCGAAUUCCUCCGAAUCCUUCAAGUCCUCUAAAUCCUCCAAGUCCCCAAAUCAUCCAAGUCCCCUGGAUCCUUCCACCAAGUCCUCCGAAUCCUCUAAGUCCCCUGAAUCCUCCAAGUCCUCCAAAUCUUCCAAGUCACCUGAAUCCUUCAAGUCCUCUGAAUCUUCAGAGUCCCCUGAAUCCUUUAAGUCCUCCGAAUCCUCCAAUCCUCCGAAUCCUCCAAGUCCCCCAAAUCCUCUAAGUCCUCCGAAUCCUCCAAGUCCCCUGAAUCCUCCCUCCAAGUUCUCCGAAUCCUCCAAUUCCUCUGAAUCUUCAGAGUCCCCGAAUCUCCAAGUCCCCUCCAAAUUCUCCAAGUCCCCAAUGAAUCCUCCAAUUCCCCUGAAUACUCCCUGCAAGUCUUCCGAAUCCUCCAAGUCCUCUGAAUCCUCCAAUCCCCUGAAUCCUCCAAAUCCCCCGGAUCCUCCCUCCAAGUCCUCCGAAUCUUCUAAGUUCCCCAUAUCCUCCAAGUCCUCUGAAUCCUUCAAGUCCCCCGAAUCCUCCAAGUCUCCCAAAUCCUCCCUCCAAAGUCCCCUGAAUCCUCUAAGUCCUCCAAAUCCUCCAAGUCCCCCAAAUCCUCCCUCUAAAUCCUCCGAAUCCUUCAAGUCCUCUGAAUCUUCAGAGUCCCCUGAAUCCUCCACAUCCUCCAAAUCCUCCAAGUCUUCCCUCCUAGUCCUCCAAAUCCUCCCUUCAAGUCCUCCAAAUCCUCCCUUCAAGUCCUCCAAGUCCCCCGAAUCCUCCUUCCAAGUCCUCCAAAUCCUUCAUGUCCUCCGAAUCUUCAGAUUCUCCAAAUCUUCUGAGUCCCCUGAAUCCUCCAAGUCCUCCAAAUCCUCCAAGUCCCCUGAAUCCUCCAAGUCCCCGAAUCCUCCAAGUCCUCUGAAUCUUCAGAGUCCCCUGAAUCCUCCAAGUCCCCCGGAUCCUCCCUCCAAGUCCUCCGAAUCCUCCAAGUUCCCCGAAUCCUUCAAUUCCUCUGAAUCUUCUGAGUCCCCCAAAUCCUCCAAGUCCCCUGAAUCCUCCAAGUCCCCCGAAUCCUCAAAGUUUACCGAAUUCUCCAAAUCCUUUAAGUCCUCUGAAUCCUCCAAGUCUCCCGAAUCGUACAAGUCUCCCUUAUCCUCCCUCCAAGUCCUCCGAAUCCUUCAAGUCCUCUGA